AUGGAUAUAAAAUACGCAAACCAGAAGACUCAACAUCAUGCGGAUCGCAGAGUGAGGGAGCUUUACCGUUACUAUCAACCCACUUGUCCCUUGGGCGCAAUCCCAUCAUGGCUUUCCGCUGGCGGAGCUCCGUCGUCUAAUUUGGCCGGAUCACUCCCUACCGGCACUCCACCAGUCGCUGAUGUAUCAGAUGCUACUAGCAGCAAUGGUAGCUCGCGCCCAGCAACGGCGUUUGGCCCGGAAGCGCUGGUUCUGGGGUCAUCCAACAAUACCCUGACUUCUUUUGCGCAAUUAGCCGCGUUGCGCUUGAACGUGGAGCGUGCAUUCAUAUGCGUGCUCGAUCGAGAUAAACAACAUGUGAUAGCUGAAGCGACGAGGUCUCUAAAUUUAAAUGACGCAUCACUGCAUGAUAACAAGGACGGGAUUUGGCUGGGUGCCGCCGAUAGUCGAGACUCUUGGAAUGUUUGCAAGGACACGACGGCUUUACCUCCGUCUGAUCGCCAAAAUGCUCAAUAUCAACAUCUUGUUGUCGAAGAUAUGUCCGAAGAUGAGCGAUAUAGGAGUCUCCCCUUUGUUGCAGGCGAGCCUGGCUUCAAAUUUUACGCUGGAACCCCUUUGACUACCGACAAAAACAUCAACCUGGGGUGUUUUUUUGUCUUAGAUAAAAAGCCGCGUGGAUUGACAACUCUGGAGAAGGACACCCUCGGAUCAUUAUCUAUGCUAGUGAUGGAUUACAUGAAGAUUUGUCGCCAGGCCACUGAAGGCCGCCGGGCUGCUCGUCUAUCGCGAGGGUUGAGUUUUUUCGUGGAAGGAAGCUCCAGCUUUGUUAGUACUGUCGGCACAUCCACAACUCGAGCGGACAGCGCUGGGCCAACUUCUAUGACACCACCGUCAUCAAAUAAUCGAAGGAGCAUGUUCGGUGACUCUUCUCGCUCUCGUGAAGGGAAUAGCGCUGAAAAUUGUUCGCAAAAUGGAUCCCAGGACAAUGCAUCUAAUGUUGCAUCGCAAAGUCCACCGAACGAUCGAUCUUUGAGUAAUGAAGCACGUUCAUUCAGCUCUGGUGCCUCCGAGUCGAAACUUGACAUUGGGACAUCUGGAGCGGGAACAUCUAGAGCCGGGAGUUCUUUGCCAGACUGGAUUACAAAUAGUAGCCGCAACAUGCUCCCUCCGGACGACUCACAGGGCAAUUCGUGGUGCUUUCGACGCGCUGCAAAUCUACUUCGGGAAAGUCUUGAUCUGAGCAGUGAUGGCGGUGUAGCAUUUUUUGAGGCGAAUAAUACCCCUUUCCUAGAUGUGGACAGUGGGAGCGAUUGUUCUAGUGACGGUAGUGGACCAGCCUCCAUUCUUUCAUUAUCAACAAAUGAAGUUCCAUUCUCCUUUGGCCAGGCUCAUUCAACGACACCGGUCGCGAAUUUGGAUAGGUCAUUCUUAGCCGUGCUCCUUCGACGUUAUCCGAAAGGGAAACUUUGGUCUUUCCACCAGGAUCGAUUUCUUUCCAUAUCCGAUGAUGACGAUCAGACGCCUAGGGACCGGGCAUCUCCUGGCCCAAGUCGCUCCCCAUCCGAUAAUAACCAACUACCCCAAGUCUCUAAACCCGUCGCAAAGCGACGUAGAGCCGCGGAAAACACUUGGCUCAAUCAAUACUUUCCAAAUGCUACUCAAAUCAUGUUCGUGCCAUUAUGGAAUGCGGUGAAUUCCCAGUGGUUUUCGGGUUGCUUUUGCUGGACCACCGACGAGACACAAGUUUUUACAUCAGCUGUCGAGCUAAGCUCAGUUCUUGGGUUUGGAACGUCUGUAAUGGCUGAGUACAGCCGUAUUGAGUCCUUAAUAGCCGAUCGACAAAAGGGCGAUUUUAUUGGAAGUAUUUCGCAUGAACUCCGAAGUCCACUCCAUGGGAUUCUGGCCGCAGCGGAAUUUUUAAACAGCACCCAACUCAACGAGUUUCAGGAUUCAUUACUUGAGACAGUGAAUGCUUGUGGCAGAACUCUGCUUGACACCAUGAACCAAGUCCUCGAUUUCAGUAAAGUUGUUUCGCUUGAGCGGACAUGGAAAUCCAUGAAACGGAGUAAAGAGUCUCCACUUGAUCUGAAAGGAACAGAUAAACUGGCAUCACAUUUGGACACAUAUGUGGCCACAGAUCUUUCUAUCCUCGCCGAGGAAGUUGUGGAGGGAAUUUGUUUGGGGCAUGCCUAUGGCCGAAAAUCGAGUGCCGCAGCCGACAUGCCGGUGGUCAUGUCUAGCAAUAGCGCUAAAGCGCCUAUCCCUUCAUCCAAUGUGGAUGUAAUCAUCGACAUGGCCCAUAAUGAUUGGGUCUAUAGGACUCAGCCAGGAGCAUUACGUCGAAUUAUAAUGAACCUAUUUGGAAACGCCAUGAAGUACACCGACCAAGGACGAGUCACCUUAAGCUUAGAGGCCUCCAGUCAUUCAGAGGGUCGAUCGCGACGACAAGGACUGGAAGACAUCGUCACUUUGACAGUUGCCGACACUGGCAGAGGUAUUUCGGAAGAGUUUUUGCGUGGUAAACUGUAUACGCCGUUCGCCCAGGAAGACUCACUAGCAGUUGGGACAGGACUGGGACUUUCCAUCGUUCGCAGUCUCGUGAAGGCCCUAAAUGGACAUAUUCGUGUCCGCAGUCGCCCAGGUGAAGGAACCAUUGUGCGCGUAUCUCUGCCCUUGGCAAGGCCAGUGGGCGAGGAGAGUCCAGCUAUUGAACAACACGCGUACAACAUGCAGCACAAGGAAAUUUUGAUGCAAACGCUAUUCCUUCGGGAAGGUUACCCGGAUAAAAAGAUCGCCUUUUGGGGCACUGACCCGUCCAACCUGACCGAUCCUUGGAUUGAAAUCGCGCGAUUCAUGACUGAUUGGUUCGAUCUGGAAAUUGCUCCUUGGCCACCGACGUUUGCUAUUGACAUCCUGGUUGUCCAAGAAUCGGAUUUACCGGAAUUGCGACAGAGCAUGUUAGCAGCACUUCCGGCCCUCCUUAUCCUCUGUGAUCGAUCAAUUGACUACACUUUGGCCCGCUCAGAGUGGCUCCCUCUCUCAUCCUCUGUUGAUAUUAUUCGACGCCCAUGCGGGCCUCAUAAGCUUGCCCGGAGCGUGUUGAAAUGUCUUCAACAUGGCCAGUCAGCGGUCGUUACUCCAGCUUCUGUUUUGCAAAACCCGAUGGAAAUGCCAAUUCGCAGCUAUUCCAAUUCUAUGACUGCUGGGUCCUCGGCACCCACUGGGGCCUUUUCAUCGUUGUCUGAAAUUUUGUCAGAUGCCACCACAGAGAAUGUCAGCGCUGGUCCGCAAUCAACGAGAGAAAUCUCUCCCGGUUCACCCUCAGUUAUCACUGCGUCACCACGGGACAUAGUUGCAGCACCUCUGCCUGGGCCCUUGGCCGAAACCGCCAGGGAACCACUGAGACCAUCCCGUGUUCUUGUUGUUGAUGACAACCGGAUUAAUCUCAAUUUGAUGAUGACGUUCAUGAAGAAACGUCGCCUCACGGAACUCGGAGCAGCAGAGAAUGGCAAGCUAGCGGUUGAGGCAGUAGAGCAGAUGCCAACUGGCUACGAUAUUAUAUUCAUGGAUAUGUCAAUGCCGGUCAUGAAUGGGUUUGAGGCUACUCGUGCUAUUAGGUCUCUAGAAAGAGAUCAUGAUGGGCGGACGCCAGCUGUUAUCAUCGCCCUGACUGGUUUGAGCAGCUCUCGUGACGAAUCAGAAGCACUGGCAUCUGGCGUGGAUAUGUUCCUCACCAAACCCGUUUCCUUCAAGGAGGUUUCUCGCCUUCUUGAUGAGUGGGAGAAGAAUGGAUUGAAGUUUGAACGAAAGUCGGCAGUCUAG